GUGUUUUGGGAGAGGAAUCAUGGUGUAAACACACGGCCAUGGCUGAUGAGCGAGAAGGAGCUGAGAACAACAACAACAACGACUACGACGUGAACGACGACAUGGGGAACCAGCUGCAGCUCUUACCGGGAAACGAGGAGGAGGAGGAAGAUGACAUGGAAACAGAGGAUCGGGACAGCGAGGGUGCGGAGAAGCCGAGCAUCAUCAACUUCGACCCCAGCCUUCCCACCUCGCACGCUUACCUGGGUUUAGACAUGGAGGAGUUCCACGGGCGCACUCUCCAUGACGACGACAGCGUGCAGAACCUCCCCGUCCUCCCUCACGCCGCCCUCAUCCUGAUCCCGGGUCAGACGCUGCCACUGCAGCUCUUCAGGCCGCAGGAGGUCAGCAUGUUCCGCAACCUCGUCAGCCACGACCGGACGUUCGCCGUGCUGGCACACAGUCCGGAUGUGGGCGAAGGAGAGCUGCCGGCGGAGUUCGGGACCACGGCGGAGAUCUAUGCCUUUCGCGAGGAGCAGGAGUACGGCAUCGAGACCGUAAAAAUCAAAGCUAUCGGACGGCAGCGCUUCAAAGUGCGCGACAUCCGUACGCAGGCAGACGGGAUUCGUCAAGCAAAGGUGCAGAUUUUGCCGGAAAGGAUUUUACUGGACCCUUUGAAUGCAGUGCAUCUGUCACCUCGCGUACACAGACGUGUUCCAGAUGCCAGACCCACGCCAGCGCAGAGCCAAGUGCAACGCCGCCACACCUACAGACGGAGGAAGUUGUUUACGGCUGGUAUGACCCCGUGGCCCUCCUGGGUUUACGCCCUGUACGAUUCGGAGACUCUAAUGAGCAGAGUGAAAAAGCAGCUCCAUGAAUGGGAUGAGAACCUCAAAGAUGAAUCGCUGCCUACUAAUGCUAUAGAUUUCUCUUACAGGGUGGCAGCAUGUUUGCCAAUAGACGAUGCUCUGAGACUGCAGCUACUUAGGAUCGGUAGCGCCAUUCAGAGACUUCGCUGCGAGCUGGACAUCAUGGACAGGUGCACGUCCCUGUGCUGUAAACAAUGCCAAGACACCGAGAUCACGACCAAGAACGAGAUCUUCAGUCUGUCUCUGUGCGGACCGAUGGCUGCCUACGUGAAUCCUCACGGUUACGUCCAUGAGACUCUGACUGUGUACAAGGCCAGUAACCUGAACCUGAUCGGGAGACCCUCCACCCUGCACAGCUGGUUCCCCGGGUACGCGUGGACCAUUGCUCAGUGCCGGACCUGUGGUUCUCACAUGGGCUGGAAGUUCUCGGCUGUCAAAAAGGAUCUGUGUCCUCAGCGAUUCUGGGGUCUGACCCGCUCUGCGCUCUUACCCACAAUCCCUCAGGGCGAGGAGGGUGUUGAGGGCUCACGCCUGCUCUGCCUGUGACCUCAGCACAACGCACAUCGCACAUCGCACUUCACCCAGCCUCCAUCACACACACACACUAUACCCCGAGCGGAUGAACUGGAGGAAGCUGAAGAACGGGAUAAGGAGAAAGAGAAAGAAAUUAAACACUGAAAAUUGUUUAAAGAGAUUUAUUAGAAUCGGGACGUCACGCAAAAGCGUUUUUUUUUUCUCUUCACGCAGAAAAGCGUGUGUAUCAUAAUCGUCGUCUUGUGCAUUUUUUUUUUUUUUGCUGUUUGGUGUUGAUCUAAAUAAGCUUUUCAAAUGUCAGACGAGGGAUCUUUCUUUUUCCGUUUGGCCCAAGCACGAUGAUGUUUCACCUGUGUGUGUGUGUGUGUGUGUGUGUGUGUGUGUGUGUGUGUGUGUGUGUGUGUGUGUGUGUGUAUAUAGAAGUGUCGGCUGUGGUACCGUGUGCCACUGGGACGGCUAUAAAAAUGGACAGACUGUGAUUUAUAUAAGAAAAAAACAGAGAAAUCUCUUAUUAUUGACGUAUCGUACGAGAGACUCGUGUAUCUACUGUAUUUUUAUAUUCUCCCCUCUUUUUUGUCAGUGACAAUGUCUUUGGGUGUGUGUGUGUGUGUUAAACGCUGAAGACGUUCUCUUAAGACGUGUGUUUUUAGAACGAUCUGUGUCUAGAUUGAGAAACUUUGGGUUAUAAAGGACUAUACAUUCACCAUACACACAUCAUACACACAAUAGAGCUUGUGCAGAUUUCAUCAGUCUCAUGUUGCAGCGCCACCCCCUGGUGUAUUUAUGCCGUACUAUUCCAAGGAUUCAUGCUGAUCAGAACUAAAUGCGCUAAUAAAAUCUGGAAUGUG